CAAACUUAGAGCGUUAGGGUUGCUGUCCGGACCGUAUUUAUUGUUACACGCCGUCAGAAACUGUCAUGGCAUCCGGAUACAUUGUAAGUCGUGGUGUGCUAACGUUUGGAAUUCACUAUCAUCAUGUUUGUAGAAAUGUACUCCUUACACAGACCCGAGAGAAGAAGCGAUGGAUGAAAGCAUACACUCUUUUGAUGGAAAGAAAGUUGAAGAUAGAAGGACUUCCACCACCCAAGCCACGCUCUCAAAAACCUAACUGGGACUACCAUGCAGAAGUCCAGGCAUUCAGCCGCCGCCUUAAAGAAAACUUCUCCCCAGAGCUCCUGAAGACAGCCUUCGUGAACCCCUGUUACAUUCAGUCAGAGAAAGAGAGGAGGCAGGCACUCGGCGUGGACUCUGAAACGGCCGCUCUGGUCCUGGGGGACAACAUUCAGCUGAACACACAGGGCUUGGAGUUCACCAAAAGCUUCCUGUCUGACUGGUGCAGGGCCAGCUUCCCUAGCCUGCCCAGCAAAGGAGUGGUUGCCAUUGUCAGCCACCUGACCAGUCAUCCAGUAGUUUGCCAUGUGGCGCGGAACCUCGCCAUCGAGGACCUAACUAUGAGCGCUCAAUUCCCUGUCCCUGAUGAAGUAUUGCACAGUACGUUCCUCGCUGUGAUCGGAGCACUCCAGGAAAGCAGUGGAGCUGAGAGAGCAGGCCUUUUCCUUCGAGAUUUCCUGGUCACCCAGUUGGUAGGUAAAGACCUAUUUGAAAUAUGGUCGGUGGUGAACCCCAUGGGGCUGCUGGUGGAGGAGCUGUCCAAGAGGAACGUGGCCCUCCCAGAGCCUCGUCUCACCAGGUCGGCCGGUGCCGGCACCGUGCUCCCACUCUACUUUGUAGGGCUGUACAGUGAUAAGAAGCUUUUUGCAGAGGCUCCAGGGGAGACAGUUCUGGCUGCAGAGGAGGAGGCGGCACGCGUGGCCCUGAGGAAAAUCUAUGGCUGCACUGAGAACCGGAGACCCUCUAACUUCUCUGCAGCAGAGGAGCAGCUCGGACUCCUACCCUCAAUCCUUCAGCAGCAGCUAAAGGACAUGUCACCCCAAGCACUAUAAUGUCUUCCAUCAGUUGAUGACACGCCAGAGGGUCAAAGUCAAGCGGUUCCCUUAGCCUAUCAGGACCAACCUCUCACAGACUCAUAAACCCAGACCUAGGGAUACCCUCCAAACUAUGUGGUCUGCUCAGCCCUUUAAAUUAGAGGACUGUCCUUUGGCAAAAUAAUGUUUUUUUGUGUAAUGUAUUAUUGAUGUAAAAACAAAAUGUAUGCUUAUCCCUGAGCAUGUCUCUUGAAAUAAUGUUUAUUAUACCAUCUUUGGUUUAACCUGUCUGCAUAUUAUUGGGUGUUAUUCAUUAAUGUAUGACUGUCCCACAACAGUUUACAUUAGUCUGCUCUAAAAAAAAACAUGGGUUAGCGAUGUGCAAAAUAUCUGGAUUGAUAUCACGAGUAGGAUCCACGACACUAUACAUUGGGAGGUCAUUUUUGGGCUAGUUGGGAUCACCUGCUGUGAUUGGUUGCCAGGAUAAUGUCCCUGACAUCCAUAGUGGGAGAUGUGGCUCCCUCUUUUAUCCUCUGCUAAUGCCACUGCAACCAAUCGGCAGAACUUGGAGUGAGAACUCGACUUAAGUGUCUGGCCUGGUUUAUUAAAGCUGUAUUUUACGAUGAAAA